CUUGCUAAAGGUGAACCUCCUUACUCGGAUCUUCAUCCGAUGAAAGUUCUCUUUCUUAUCCCUAAAAAUCCACCACCAUCCUUGGAUGGUGGAUAUUCUAGAUCAUUCAAGGAAUUUAUUUCACAGUGUUUGGAUAAAGAUCCGGUGAAACGACCAUCGGCAAAAGAAUUACUCAAGCACAAAUUUAUCAGAAAUGCAAAGAAAACAUCAUAUUUAACUGAAUUAAUUGAACGACAUCAAAGAUGGUUGGCUGAAGGGGGUGGUCAGCAAGAGUCUGACGAAUCGGAUCACUCUGAGAACGGUGGUGAUGAUGGAGAGGAUACAGCGUGGGAUUUUCCAAAGCCAAUUUCUCAUUCAUCAGAUGAUGACGGUGAGGGUUCAGAAGACAAUGCAACGAUUGGGCCGGCAAAAGGAAAACACGCGACGGUAAUGAAAUCUAGAGGUUCUGAUUAUGACACAGUCAGGCAUGUUGAUAUGUCAAAGGUCGAAGAUUUAUACUCAAAUGAUAAUGAAAAGAAUGAAGAGCCUGUAACUGGACCAGCAGUUUUUAAAAAAGUAAUCGUGCCUUCAAUAGAUAAAUUGCGUAUGAAUGCACCAUCCAAAAAAUCUCAGCUCACAUUGGAUGCCUUGAAAAAGGCUUUCGAGGAUGCUGAAAUGGAAAAUCCUGGUAUAUCUGAAACACUUAUGCAUGCUGUUUUUCAGAAAUUCGAUGAA